AUGCUCGCAAAACCCCGAUACUGGAACCAAGCGGCUCUCGCAAACUACCUUGGCGGAUCUGAAGAUGAAAUCGCAACCGUGAGACGGGGCCUCGUCCAGUUGAUGAAAUCCUACGACACAAUCCACAAGUCGUUCCAGACGAAAGCAGCAAAGAAUGAGUUGAAAAAGUUUCUGUUGUCGAAUCUCGACAAACUCCCAGAGCUCGUCCGGGAUGCGCGCGAGAAUGACGUUCGCCUGGACGGGUUGAUGGGUUUAGCAUUCAAGGUCAACUACUCGCAUAAGCGGCAUGGGCGCGAAAAGGUCGCUUCGAUGAUUACGAGUAAAUCGCCUGAGGUUAGUAAUAAUGAUGAUGAUGACAAUGGCGAUGAAGAUGAAAGCAGCUGUGAGGAAAGCGGAGAGGAGGAGGAUUCAAGCAAUGACGAUAGCAGCACUGGGGACGGUCCGGAAACACACAAGUUCAAUGAUCCACCAAGGCCCGAAGCCAAUGGCACCAGGAAUCACGAAAGGCCCUCAGAGAGCAGAGGCCAUGAGUGGACCCACGAGAUCAGAAAUGACCACAGCAGAAGCGACGGCAGAGCUGACCAUAGCAGUCCGGCAGUCAUCGCGGACAGAAGCCCUGCGGCAGAACCCCCAAACAAGCGCAUGAGACCAUUAGAACCACUGGCACCACCAAAUCCUCUUUCUGGGCCUCCCCUGCCUUCUUCUCAAUAUCAGAAACCCAGCUUCGAUCUCUCAGUACGCAACAUCUGGGUGGUAAAUGAGGCCGACGAUGAAAGUCACGGCCUCUGUCCUGUCAUGGAACUCGUCAAGAAAGACAGCGAUCACAACAAUCUUCAGAUUUCGGAUCUGGACUUUGACCACUGGAUGUUGAUUGUGCAGGCCCAUUGUGGCUACGACUAUACUAUCCAUCGGUUGGAAUAUCGACCAUCAGCUACCAUCAUCUUGCCUUCGAUGAUCGGCCGGCCAUUUACAGUUCCCAUGCGCACCCCGAGUCAAUGGCGAGGCGCACUGAACUCACAGCUACAAGCUAAACCAGAACAGGAUCCAAUUUUUUACUUGGUAUCUCAAUCAGAAUCGAGACCAGAAUCAUCACCUUCAUCUGGAUUUGAUUUUUCUCAGACAUACCAGCCUGCUACCAGGCUGAGUCCUACCGUGAAGCAAGAGUAUGUGGAAGAGCUUUUGGAACAAAGAGCACGGAACAAUCUGCGCUAG